AUGGCAGCGCUAGAGGCCGACGACGCGACCGACGUCGCGGGCGAUGUGCAAGAAUGGACUUUGCUGCACGUCCACCAGCGCUUUAGCCAUCUCGCGUUCGACACGAUCGAACGCAUGGCAAAAAAGCCAGCAUCAGACACAAACGCGCAGCAGCAGCAGGACAGGGGCAUGGACUCGCCGAUCGAUCGAAUUGGCGGCGUCAUCUUCUCGGACUUGAAAGGUCCGAUGACGCCGCAGGAUCGGCUACAGAACCGCUAUUUGGUCAGAUUUGUGGACCCCAAGUCCAACUACUGCCGCAUCUUCCUCGCGAGGACGAAGGACGCGGCGAAAAAGCAAUUUGAGGCCUUCCUCGUGCACUUCAAGAAGCGCUUCGGCUUCCGCAUUCACGUGUUGCGCACUGACGGCGGCGGCGAGUACGCAAACAUCGACUUGUUAUGCAAGCGCACGGGCGCCACCAGGCAUAUCUCGGAAUUCCGCAACCAGGCGUCGAACGACAAGGCCGAACGAAUGCAUCGGACGGUCCUCAACCUCGCACGCAGCAUGAUGUUUGCGUGCGCGCUGCCACUGAACUUUUGGGGCGACGAAGUACUCUACGCUGUCUACAUUCUCAACCGCAGUCCGUCGCGAGCAAACGACAAGCGAGCGUCGCCACUCGAAGUACUCGCCGGCGUGGCACCGGAUUUGCGAAAGAUCGUGGUGUUUGGAUCGCACUGUCACGUGUACCGCGACUCUGGCAAGAGCGCGUUGCAACAGCGCUCGCAGAUCGGCACGAUCGUCGGCAUUGCGGAGGAUACAAAAGGAUACAAAGUCUACCUGUGCAAAGACAACAAGGUGAUCGUGACACAGCACAUCAAAGGAGUCGACACGCUCACGGACAAGCAAAGCAUGCAGCUGCAGCGCGCGAUGACCGAUGAAGGCGACGAAGAGACGGAUGACACAGUGACGAAACCCAGCAAGAAGCCGUGGACGCGACAAGCGCACGGUACGCGCGGAGCAUCAAAGCGCGCGAAUGAGACAGCGCAACAGGAGGGUCCGCAAGCCAGCGGUGAGGUCGUGACCGCGGCGUACGAGCGCGAUCCGAAGAGCUAUAGCGAUGCAAUGAAAAGCGCGAAGCGGUGCGAAUGGAAGCGCGCGACGGAGGAAGAAGUGGCCGCGUUACAAGACAAUGACGUCUGCCGCAUCAAGAGGCGUGCGUCGGGCAUGAAUGCGCUGCACACCAAAUGGGUGUACAAGACGAAGACGGAUGCCCAAAGGAUUCUGGAGCGGCACAAAGCUCGGCCAGUGGCUUCCGGCUACGAGCAAGUCUUCGGUGUCGACUACAGCUUGACGUUUGCGCACGGCGACAUCCCCAACGCGUACGUUAAGGCGGAAAAGGAAGCUAAUUUCGAUUGA